AUGUCUGCAACUAUUAAUUCCGUCUCCAAAGAAAUUUACAAUAAUAUAAUAACUACUGUGAUCCAAGAUAUUGUUUCUCGAGAGGUAGUCGAACAAAAACAAAUCAAAUCUAGACAUCCAGAUUACAAACCUUAUCAUUAUGACAGUACCGGAACCUUGGAUAUAUUAGGUGUUCCAAAAAUUCAAGAAUCAUCUCAAUAUUUUCAUUGCAAUAACUGUGAUAGAGAUGUUUCAGCUAAUCGAUUUGCUGCUCAUUUACAAAGAUGUUUAAAUAGUAGAUCAAGGAACUAG